AGAAGGAAAAAAAAAGAGGAAAAAAAAAACGAAAAGAAAAAAGAAAAAACAGAAUACGUGGAUUGUCGCGCAUAUCGUCCUCGAUCUAAAAAAAAAAAAAAAAGAAAAAAAAAAAGAAAAAAAUGGUGAUCGAAGGUCUUGCAGGAGAAUCGACGAAAAAAGUUUACCGAUUCUUGAAUCGUGCGAUCGAGAGAAAUCAGAUUUUAACGUAGUCGACGAAUAUGACGGGUGAACGAACGCGAGGAAACUCCGGAGUACGCCGGAGACACGCGUAUUCGAUUGGAGGACGCAUGUAAUCCAUAGAGCGUGACGACUUUGGGGUGGAAAGUUAAGUGAAAUGUGAGUCGAGGAUGGAGUUAAGGAUCAGCAUACUGCUCUUGGCGUUACUUCGUCUAUCGAGCACGUUGGAAAGUACGAAAGAGGAGGGAGACGCGGAAGAAGAAGAUGACGAAAAUUAUCCAGUCGAUGAUUACGGUGAUGAUUACGACGACUACGAGACCGCUACGAUAUCAAGCGACACCGAUUUUAUCGCCGGAGGCCCGCUACCGAUCUUCUUGGUCGAGCCUGUUCGUUCUUUCGUCGUCAAAGGAAAACCGGCGACUCUUCAUUGCCGAGCUGCUCAUGCUCUUGAAGUGUACUUUCGUUGCAACGGCGAACGGGCAGAGCACUCGCAGCAGCAGGAUUUUGUAGACCCUCGUACCGGAACGAGGGUCGUCGAGGUUGAGUUGAACGUGACGAGGAACGAGGUCGAGGAGUACUUUGGAUCGAAGAAGUUCAAGUGCGAGUGCGUCGCUUGGUCGGGAUCAGGUCAGAUUAAAGGGCAGUCCGCCACGGUUGAGGUCGCCUACCUGAAGAAACAUUUCCUAUCGCCGCCAUACUCGUUGUCCGUCGAAGCUGGCCGCAAUGCGGAAUUACGAUGUACGCCGCCCUUGGGAGUGCCACCGCCAAAGGUCUAUUGGCUGAGAAACGGGCUACCUUUCGAGACAAUCACAGGCUCAGCUUUGACAUCCGACACGAGUCCCAACGAAGUGUCACCGGCCAGUUUCGUACAGACUUCUGAAGGAUAUUUACGCCUUGGGGAGACUGAGCUUAGACAUCAAGGGAAUUACUCGUGCGUUGCUGAAAAUCUCGCAGCACGUAGAGUAAGCGAACCUGCGGUACUCACGAUUUAUGUAAACGGAGGAUGGUCAUCCUGGUCUGGUUGGUCUGAAUGUAGCACGAGAUGUGGCAGAGGUGUACAAAAGAGAACGAGAACCUGUACAAAUCCGGUAGCCAUCAAUGGCGGACAAAUUUGUCCUGGACCAGCUACACAAAGAUUCGAAUGCAAUCCCUCUUGUCCCGCGGUCGAUGGCAGAUGGUCAAGCUGGUCCUCGUGGUCCGCAUGCGGUCCCGAUUGUUCGAGAGUAAGGAGGAGAUCCUGCAACGAUCCCCCGCCGAGCGAUAGCGGUCGGCCCUGUCAAGGCAAGGACGUCAUCGUCGAAUCCUGUACCACGGACCGAUGUAACGCGCUUGGACACGACGGCCCGAGAGUCUUUAAAGAAGCAACGAGAGCGGUCGAUCACAGAAACAUCCUAGCCUUAUGGAUAACGCUCAGUCUCGCGGCAAUAAUCUUAGCUUUAACCACGAUCUUCAUGGUUCGCUUGAUGCGCCGUAAAGAGAGAAUAGAAGCUCUUUAUAGCGUAGCGAGAUUGGACUUUCGCCGACCGGUUGAUCUUGCAAAAUCCGUUGUCUCGAAGACCGAUCGAACCACUUUGACGGUGGACAAACGUCUCGAGCACGUCAUCGACGAAUCGAAUGCUUCUAGAUUGCCAAGAUCCUGUUCGGAACAUCAUUACGACGUGCCACAGUUGUCACUUCCAUCGACAACCAGACCAUCGCCAAGUUCCUCGGUCACUAGGUCCUCUUGUAGGAACUCUCAGAGAGGACGAGGUUUGUCCGACAACGAGGAGGGCCGAUCGUCUCGUAAUAUAUCUCAGUUUAAUCAUAAUUUCCAUCGUGAGAUACGUUCAACGUGCCAGGUGAAUUCGGAGAGUACAAACGAGGAUGAGAACGAACAUGAGGAGGAUGAUAGACUGGACGAGGAUGAGAGAUUGUCGAUCGAUGACGAACGUUCGACUGGUUUUGUGGUCAGAGCUAACGUGGACGAACAGGGUGCACUUUUGGUGGUUCCAGAAGUUAGUGUCUCCAUGUCGAUUCCCGAAGGUGCAGUUCCACGAGGCCGACGACACAGUUUACAUCUUGCCGUAUUAGGUGAAGACUCCCUGAGGCCAAAGUUACCACCUGGAUUAACUUUACUAUCAGCUGUUAUCGCGUGUGGUCCCUCCAACGUCGAUCUAUUGAAGCCAGUGAUUUUGCAGUUUGAACACUGUGCUGAACUAAGAACUGGAAACUGGGAGUUGAGUCUUUGGUCCACGGACAUCGACCUUGAAACUCGUUCGACUAAUUCCUCAAACUCCUCGACGAAUACCAGCCUCUCUCCAUCUAGCACAGUUUGGCGUAAGAUUUUAACCCUAGGCGGUGAACCAACCAAUUUACCUGGACAACCAUUCGCUCAACUCGAUCAUGCCGGUGUAUUUCUCGUAACGGAAACGCCUUGCGCGUACGCCGUGGCUGGUGAAAAUUCUAUGGUCGCACCUGGAUUAGCCGUGAAACGUCUUUGCGUGGCAGUAUUCGUUUCACGUGAACGUGAUCGCGUUAGAUGUCAUAUAUUGGAGGACACCAAAGCAACUCUAAAGCUUGUAGCCGAACGAGAACAUCGUCUUGGUGGGACGCACAUCGAUCACAGUACCCUUGGAUUUCGAGCGAGUGGUACUUCACUACGAGUCGAUCUCGAGGAUAGAGAAAGCGGUUUUGCCGAGCGUCAAGAAGUACCAUAUCGUCGAGUAUGGUCGUCCUCGAGAUCUAGCAUUUAUCUUUCCUUUAGAAUCGAAAAGAUCGUGGCCGAUGUCAGACUUAGUUUUGAAUUCAGAGCAUGCCAACGUGGAUUCGAGGAUCAGGGUAUGCUCUUAAGAAUCGAUCUUGAUCUAGCAAAGAGGGGUAACGUCCUUGCGAAAAAGAAUAAUGGAAAAGUGGAGUCUUCUAUCAUUUUACGUGGAAAAAAUUCAACGAGAUCGACGGAAUCCGUAGUAUCUAGACCGUUCAGGUUUUCAAAGACAUUGAGGAAACAACUUUGUCAAUGUUUGGAUCCUCCUAGCGCUCGUGGAAACGAUUGGAGAAUGUUGGCUCAAAGAUUACAAGUUGAUCGGUACGUCGACUAUUUUGCAACAAAAGCGAGUCCAACCGAACAUAUUUUGGAUUUAUGGGAGGCCAGACAUCGCGAAGCCACUGCCCUCGCUGAUCUUUUGAACCACUUAAGACUGAUGGGUCGCGUAGACGCGGCCAGUGUUCUCGAAAGUCGACUAGGACCUUGGAUUUAAAAAUAUUGAAAGUCACUGCCAUUAAAAAGAGACGUCAUUUAAAAGCCAUGUUAUCUUUGUAAAUAAGACGAAAUAAUAAAAAAAGAAAAGAAAAGAAAAGAAAAGAAAAAAAACGGAAGAAAAAGAAUCAAUUAUUAUGAGAUGUCGAUGUAGAGCAAGAAUUGUAUAGACGGUGAUCGUAUUUGUACAUAAAGUUGGUUUGCAGCAAAUCA